AUGGCUGCAGAGAAAUCCCGACCAUUGUUGUUGAAUCUGAGGGCCAUGUUCUACAUGGUAACUCCUAAUGAGACUUCAUUUGAAAAACUGAAUGAUGUACCCAAUUUUGUUGAUGAGGCGAUACCUUACUUUGUUGUCAUGAUUAUACUCGAAUGCAUAAUCUUGAAGCUGCAAGGAAAGGAAAUUCCCCGAAUUAAUGACGGAAUAAAUAGCAAGAGCCAUGGUCUGUUGUCCCAAAUGCAUAGUUUAUUGUUCGGAUCAUUGGAACUGGCAGUGUAUUAUUGGCUGUAUACGAACUGGCAUUUUAUUGACCUUCCGUGGGACAACACUUGGACCUGGUUGAUAGGCUUUGUCGCUGUGGACUUCUCGUACUACUGGUUUCACAGAUUUAGCCAUGAAAGCAACAUUAUUUGGGCAUCUCAUCAGGUUCAUCACAGUUCUGAAGAUUACAAUCUAACAACUGCUCUGCGACAGUCUCUGAUGCAGAAAUACUAUAGCAUGCUGUUGAAUUUUCCAAUGGCCUUUUUCAUUCCUCCAUCAGUCUUCUGUGUUCACCAACAGUUCAACCUGCUGUACCAGUUUUGGAUCCACACUGAG